GUUGACUACAUCUGUGGUAUUAGUGAGAAUCAGAGAGAAGUGUGCUUUCUAACCUCCUCCUCUAUCCUCUCCGUCCGUCCCGUAGCGGAGGGAUACGCAGCCUUCCAGGAGGACAGCUCGGCGGACGAGGCGGAGAGCCCCUCCAAGAUGAAGCGUUCAAAGGGGAUUCACGUGUUUAAGAAACCCAGCUUCUCCAAGAAGAAAGACUUCAAGGUGAAGGAGAAGUGUCCCAAGGAGGACAAGAAGGACAAGAAGUCUAAAGACCUGACGGCGGCUGACGUGGUGAAACAGUGGAAGGAGAAGAAGAAGAAGAAGAAGCCUGCGGCCGAGCCGGAGCCCGUCCCCGUGGAGAUACCUGCGUUCAGACCCAUCUUCGGGGCUCCCCUGGCUGAGGCAGUGAAGAGAACAGCCCUGUAUGACGGGAUCCAGCUUCCUGCGGUCUUCAGAGAGUGUAUCGACUACAUCGAGAGCUACGGAAUGAGAUGUGAAGGAAUCUACCGUGUGUCAGGUAUGAAGUCUAAAGUGGAUGAGCUGAAGGCAGCGUAUGACCGCGAGGAGUGUCCGUGCUUGGAAGAGCAUGACCCUCACACUGUAGCCAGCCUGUUGAAACAGUACCUCCGAGAGCUACCUGAGAACAUGCUGGGGCGAGACCUGGCUCAACGCUUUGAGGACGCCUGCAGUAGACCGGCUGAGGCUGAGAAGGUGACAGAGUUCCAGCGUCUCUUAACGGAGGUGCCCCCCGGCAGUCGCCUGCUCCUGUCCUGGCUGGUCACUCACAUGGACCAUGUUAUCACAAGAGAGACCGACACCAAGAUGAAUAUCCAGAAUAUAUCCAUCGUACUCAACCCCACUGUACAGAUUGGUAACAGGGUCCUGUACAUGUUCUUCACCCACGUGAGAGAGCUGUUUGGGGAAGUCUUUCUGAGACCCGUAUCCCGUCCCCUCCGCUGGUCCAACGCUGCCACCAUGCCGGCCCUGCCAGAGACACAGGACAGCAUUAAGGAGGAGAUACGACGACAGGAGUUCCUGUUGAACUGCCUUCACAGAGACCUCCAGGCUGGGGUGAAGGAUUUGUCUAAAGAGGAGAGGCUCUGGGAGGUCCAACGCAUCCUCACCGCUUUAAAACGCAAACUACGGGAGGCCAAGAGACAGGAGUGUGAGACUAAGAUAGCCCAGGAGAUAGCCAGUCUCUCUAAAGAAGACGUGUCUAAAGAAGAGAUGACUGAGAACGAAGAAGAGGUGGUCAACAUACUGCUGGCACAGGAGAAUGAGAUCCUGACGGAGCAGGAGGAGCUGAUAUCUCUGGAGCAGGUGUUGAGGAGACAAAUCGCUACAGAGAAGGAGGAGAUCGAGAGACUGAGGGCCGAGAUCGCUGACAUACAGAGUCGUCAACAGGGUCGCAGUGAGACAGAGGAGUACUCUUCAGACAGCGAGAGUGAGAGUGAAGACGAGGAGGAACUACAGAUGAUCCUGGAAGAGCUGCAGAAACAGAACGAAGAACUGGAGAACAAGAACACCCACUUCAACCAGGCCAUCCACGAGGAGCAGGAAGCCAUCUUGGAACUGCGUGUUCAGCUCCGCCUCCUCCAGACCCACAAGCUGCAGCAGCAGGAGCUGACAGCCCCACCUCCAGCAGAACAGGCUCCGCCCAUACAGCCCAGCCCCGAGGCGAGGAGCGAGGAGCAGACCAAACGUUCCGUAGCUGCCGUGGUAUCCGCUGCAGCAGCAGAGCCAGCGGUGGCGGUCGAAGCUAAGAACGGGAAAGCUACCACUGCCAAGGAUCCCCCUAAACCUUCCCCUAGUAGAGAUAGGAGAGAGACCAACCUGCCCUAGUAGAGAUAGAAGGGAGACCAACCUGUGAGCUCCUCUCCCUGGCCUCUAUCCAUCCCUCUCUCCCUGGCCUCUAUCCAUCCCACUCCCUCUCUCCCCUGGCCUCUAUCCAUCCCUCUCCCUCUCUCCCUGGC